UGACACAGGCUCUUUCCAUUCCCCAUUCAUUGCUCAGAUGCUGCUGUUCCUCUGCUCGUCCUCUCCCUGCAGCUCCUCACUGCUUCCUCCAUUCAGCUCUUCUUCUUCUUCUUUGUCUAACAAAAGGAGAUAUUCCUGCUCUUCCCCAUGUGUGAUCCUAAAUCCUUCAUAUAAAAUUCCCUGUGCCCUCCCUUUUCCCAGCACAAGUCUUUGUGUAUUCCUCCCUCUCCUGACCUGCUCUCCUCCUCUCCUGCCUCCCAUCUCUGCCUCCAAUCUCUGCCUCUCAUCUCCAGUUCCACACGGGCUCCACUCACAUCCCAAUGGGAUCUCCCCUCUCAGCCCCCCUCCCCCUCGCAUCCUUAAAUUGUGCAUUUUCCUCCCAUUCCUUCUUCUUCUACUCAGUGAGAAGCAUUAUCUGCAGCCCGCGCAGCUCCCUAUCCCUCCUGCCUGGCUCUGGGUAGUCACAUCACUCUUGGACAAGCAUCACUUGGACUCCUAACACUUGGGCUCCUAACACUUGGGCUCCUAACCCUUGGGCUCCUAACACUUGGACUACCUGUGCCAGCCUCUCAGCUCACAACAUGCCCACCCAGCCCUGGCACCACACUCGUCUCUGCAUGUAGCACCUAAAGAUCAGGAAUUUGCAGGCACCAUGCACUCCGAAGUCAACAUGAGUUCUUGCAAAUUUAUGAAUCAGGACGUUGAGAACAGAAUCAACAAGAUUCCAAAACAUGUCCAGGGUGGGCCAGUGGUGGUUACCAAUCGGACUGUGGUCAUGGCAGAACCAGGAAAAAGGCGACGGCAGAGAUAUGUGGAAAAAGAUGGUAAAUGCAAUGUCCACCAUGGCAACGUGCGGGAAACAUAUAGGUACUUCACAGACAUAUUUACCACCUUGGUGGAUCUCAAGUGGAGAUUUAACUUGUUAGUUUUCACAAUGGUCUACACCACUACUUGGAUUUUCUUUGGGUUUAUAUGGUGGCUUAUUGCCUACAUCCGUGGAGAUCUGGACCACAUUGAGGAUUCCAGUUGGACGCCUUGUGUGGACAAGUUGAAUGGAUUUGUAUCCGCUUUUCUGUUCUCCAUUGAAACUGAGACAACUAUUGGCUAUGGUUACAGAGUCAUUACAGAUAAGUGUCCAGAAGGCAUUGUCCUCUUGUUGGUCCAGGCUAUCCUGGGCUCUAUCGUCAAUGCUUUCAUGGUAGGCUGCAUGUUUGUCAAAAUCUCCCAGCCAAAGAAACGGGCAGAAACCCUUAUGUUCUCCAACCAGGCAGUCAUUUCUGUGAGGGACGGGAAGCUGUGCCUGAUGUUCAGAGUGGGAGACCUGAGGAACUCACAUAUAGUGGAAGCCUCUAUCCGAGCGAAACUGAUCAAGUCCAAGCAGACAAAAGAGGGAGAAUUCAUCCCACUUAAUCAGACGGACAUCAAUGUGGGUUUUGAUACUGGAGACGACCGUCUGUUUCUGGUUUCUCCGCUCAUUAUUUGCCAUGAGUUCAAUGAGCAGAGUCCCUUCUGGGAAAUCUCCAAGGAUCAGCUGGGGAAAGAAGAGUUUGAGAUAGUGGUGAUUCUGGAAGGGAUGGUAGAAGCCACAGGCAUGACGUGUCAAGCUCGGAGUUCUUACGUGGAAAAUGAAGUGCUCUGGGGUCACCGCUUCAUGCCUGUCCUGACCCUGGAGGAAGGCUUUUAUGAAGUAGACUAUGAUACGUUUCACAACACGGAUGAGACGCCGACCCCGAGCUGCAGCGCCAAGGAACUGGCGGAGCAAAACGCUAAAGGUGAGAAUUCCCUUCUGUCCAGCGGCAGCACCAAGAACAAGCCCCAUCUGGAAAAUCAAGCGCACGAGAUCCCAGAACAGAAGGUGGAGCCCCUAGUGGUCAACGGGGAUAUGAGCAACACAAAGCUGAAUGAAAGAAAUGAGAUCGGGGCUUUUUAACAACAAAUCAAAAACUGUGCCUGUUACUUUUUUCUAUUUAAAAGGACAUUGGUCAACAGCUUAUUCAGCGAGGCCAUUGGUUAAACUCAGACAUGUUGUCCG